AUGGCUAGCCCAGACAGCCAAGAGACCCUGACCCUCGACGGUGAGGCAGAAGUUGAGGAGACUCUAGUCAUGCCCGAGAAUCCUCCUGCUGCUGCAGAGACACCAGCAGCAACAACGUCGGCAGAGCAUCCGGCUGCAGUGCCUGCCAACAAAGUGGAGGUGCCAUCGGGUGUGAACAUGUCGCUUGCCGUGGAGAACUAUGCAAAGCACCAUUCCCUUUCCCCGGACGAUGUGAGUCAUGCCCAGGUGCUGAACUCUGUUGAAGGGGUCUACCAUUGGUGCACUGCACAUCAGGACAUGUCGGCACGGGGCCCAGCAGCCCAAGCCCUGAAGAGGGCUUUGAAGUGGCAGCCCGAUCUUGAGAAAGCUUAUGGCUUGUUAAAGGACUCAAUGAAAGUGGACUUUAGGAAGGCUUGGAGUUCCACAAAGAAGUUCGACUUCGUUCGCUCCGAGAAAUCCAGUUCCAACAGCUUUCUCAAGAGAAGAGAGGAGGCUGGCCGCUUCGUGACGGAACUCCAACUCUUGGCCAUUUUGGGGGGCGAUUGCCCAGAGGCGAAACGACAGUGCCAGCACUACAUGCAGAUGUGCAGCCGGCCCGAGCUCAAGGAGUAUUGCACAGUCUACAACACGUGGCUGGAUGCCCCGACGUUCUUCUGGGUCCAGACCCUCAUUUCCACAUCGAAUGUGCAAGAGUGGAAGGCUAAGGUAACCAUCGAGGCCACGGACGUGCUCCCAAAUUCGUGGGCUGCCAAGAUCGAGGCCUGUAAAGCUAUGAGGGCUUACUCGGUGCAGGAGAAUGUGAGGCUGCAAGAUGUCACAGAGGACAUGGUCAAGGCCACACAGCUCGGCUUGAAGGGGUACGCAUCCCUCUACAGCACCCUUCCUGCAGCUGCUCCCAAGAAAGGAGGCGAUGGAACCAACAAUCAUCCUGCACCCCCGGCCCCGCCUGGGAACAAGAGGAGGCGAGGCGAGCCAGAUGCAGCCGAUGAUUCAGUGCCUGCCGAGCCCGAGAAGAAGGCCCGAGGAAAGAAGGACAACACGGGCGCAAAGAAGGAGAAGGAGGUCAAGGAGUUCCUUGCUAUGGAGCAAGCAGCAGACAACGUCAUGAGUAAGCUGGCUACUGCUAUGGGCAAAGAUCCUUCUUGGUAUGCUUGGGCGACCGAAGCCGUUACAAAGUACAAGGCACACAGGACAACCUUGCUUCGGGGCUACUGUGACGAGGCUUUUUUUCAAGCGGUCAAAGUGGCCGCUCUCAGUCCCAAAGAGACUGCAAAGCUAAAGAAAGAGUAUCAGGAUGAGUAUGUAGGCAAGUUGGUUCAGUUCGUGACGACAAUGGGGCCACUUAUUCAGCAGAUGGCUGAAACGGCUUUCCAGAUUGAACACAUGGCUUCAGCCAAACGCUCGGCUGCUGAGAGCUUGAAAAGCCAGUGGCAAGCCCCGAAAGCAAAAGCAAAGCCCAGGUCCAAACGUGUCAGUCGCACGAGCUCGUCCAAGAGUUUGCCCUCUGUGUAG